AGGAUGGAAAAAAAAAGAAAGAGGGGAGGAGCUCUUCCCAAAGAGAGAGAGAGAGAGACGCUGCCAACGCCGCGCGUCUCUCCCCAAGUGUUGGUGGCCGCCGGUGGCGCUCUAGAGCCCAUUCGACCGACAAGUGUCCACAAGAGCGGUCGUACACACCAUCACCUCUAUCUUUUUUUUCCUUUUCCUCUCUUUCUUAUUCUAUCUCUCUCUCUUUUUUAUCGUCUUUUUUGUUUUUCUCGUCGUGUUCACAGUUUGAAAUCAAAAUCUUCGUGUGCAUUAUCAAGUGUGACUCCAGGAUUUGAUCGGCACGCAUCAGGAAAACAGGAGGAUAACAAUCAGGAGAGAGAAUGUCAUCGAAAAUGGCCUCGACGUCGUCGUCGUCAUCAUCGGCGGCGUCUGGCGGCUCGUCGCCGCACCUGUGCCUCCGCUGGAACAAUUACCAGUCCAAUUUGACCAGCGUCUUUGAUCAACUGCUGCAGAAUGAGACGUUCGUCGACGUCACUCUGGCGGCCGAUGGACACGCCAUCAAGGCCCAUCGCAUGGUCCUGUCAGCCUGUUCGCCCUAUUUCCAGCAUCUCUUCUUUGACAAUCCCUGCCAGCAUCCCAUUGUCAUUUUGAAGGACACCCGCUGGCCAGAACUCAAGGCUAUCGUCGAGUACAUGUACCGCGGCGAGAUCUCCGUCGCCCAGGAGGAACUGACGUCCCUUUUACGCGUCGCUGAGACGCUCAAAAUCAGAGGACUCUCGGAGCUCAACAGCGACCGACACGCCGCUGCUGCUGCCGCCGUUACGGCCGAUGAUCGCAGCGAAUCCAGUCCGCUGAUUCCCCAUCCGACGGCCGGCCCAUCGACGUCGUCAUCGUCUUCAUCGGCUGCGGCCGUCAGGAGGCAGACGGACAGUCCGACAUGGCCGACAUUGCCUCAUCAUCAUCAUCAUCAUCAAAUUCAUCAUCAGCAGCAGCAACAACAACCGGCGUGGCCUGGACACGUCAUGGAUGAAGAAAUGGCUACGACGCCCACCCCUUCGCCCACUCCUGCUCCGGCGUCUCGAUCGUCUGGCGUCAAACGACGUCGCAUUUCGGGGUCUGAAAGUCCAAUCGGUGGCGCCUCGAGUCCGGCAGCCGCAUCGACUCCGGGAAUGCAUCAUCAGCAUCACGAAGAGGCUAGUUUGGACCAUCACGACGGCCCACUCUCGUUGGUUGGUCAUCAACAACAAGCGCCGCCGCCGCCGCCACCACCGCCGCACAGUCCGGUCGCCUCCUCCGCCUCGUUGGCGCCGCAGGCUUUGACCCAGGCACCGCCUCCUCCAUCUUCUCUCCAUCAACAUCCACUGGCCCACUCGGACGACCUUGAUAUUAAGCCCGGCAUCGCAGAACUCAUCCGCGAAGAGGAGAGGGCCCGGAUGCUGGAAGGGACUCACCCGUGGUUGACCGCUUCACCGUCGGUGCUCUCAGACACGUACCAGUACCAAUUACAGGCGCUGUGGCAGAAAGCCUGGGCUACCGGCCAAGGAGUCAUGCAGAACUUGCGUUUUCGUGAGCGCGGUCCUUUCAAAACUUGGAGGCCAGAAACUAUGGCCGAAGCCAUCAUGGCCGUUCUCCGUGAGGGAUUGUCACUCUCCCAGGCUGCCAGGAAAUUUGACAUUCCCUACCCGACGUUCGUGUUGUACGCCAACCGCGUGAAUAACAUGCUCGGGCCUUCGGCUGAUGGUGGACCAGAAUUGCGCCCAAAAGGUCGUGGCAGACCGCAACGAAUUCUGACCGGUUCUUGGCCAGAAGAUCACGUUCACGGCGUCAUCCGCGCCGUUGUUUUUCGCGAUCCGAGCAGCCUCCCACGUCACAUUGACCGCGAAGAUGCCAGCAAGUUGACCGCUAACCGAUCAGCCGCCAGCUCUAGUAUGAGUCGCUUGCUGACUGUUCAUCCGGCUCAUCAGCAAACAAUUCAGGGCGAACUUGGCGGCAGCAGUGGAUCUGGAAUGCGCGGCUUGAUCCAUUCGGCCAUGAAUAAUGGUAAUAGCCACAAUUAUAAUCAUGAAUUCGCACUGCCAUCUUCCUCCAACAUGACUGGCACAUUCACUCACGGAGGAUCGCUGUUAGCCGGCGGAUCAGCUUAUCCGUCAAUGCGCUCGACAGCCGGGCCGUCGUCUGGCGUCAGUAAUGCAGCGAAUGGCCUCAUGGCCGAUUUGAUGGCCGGAGCGACCAAUGGCUCCAACAACAACAACAACAACAACAACAUGCAAGGUGGAUCGGGAUCCAGUACAAGUUGCCUGAGUGGAAGCGGGCUGACAUCGUCGUCGCUGUUCAACGCUCUGCAACAGGAAGUUGCCGAAGAGACUCGAUUGGCCGCUCUGAAUGCCAUGACUCAGCGUCUGAUGACUUCACUGGAAGGUACGUCGCGGUUUCAUCAUGCUGGGCGUUGCUUAACUUCGGGACGUGAUCAUCCAGGUGACAACUUUGGACUGGGCGUGUCGUGCAACCAGCAACGAGCUGCCAGUGGCAUUCAAAAUCCAGCCGCAGCCGCCGCCGCCGCUGCCGCCCUGGAGGCAGCCGCCUGGUUCGGUCCCAGCAGCAGCUUCAGCGGUCAACUGCCUAUCGUCGAUUUGGCGGCCGACGACGUCACUGUAGCCGAAGAUGACGAAGGUGACGACGACGAAGAGGAUGCCGUUCAACACCUGGCAUCUUUCAGCGCUCAUCAUAACCCGACAGUCAAUAAUCCCGUACACUCUAAACAGCAGGAACAGCUGUUUGGAGAAUAGCCUAUACGCUAUCAUUAAUAAUAUUGAAAGGGUGGCAAUUCAGUUAGUUUAUUUCGUCAUGGAGAUUUUGAAAUGAAAAAUUAUGACGCUAAUGUUAGAAAAUAGUCAGAUUGUAAACUUGCACUUGUCAUUUGUCGUCCAGCAAAAUUUUGUUUGUCCAGUGCCGUUUUUAUUUAAUUUCUUCAUCAGGCACACACUCUUGUAAGUCAUAUUAUCGAGUUGAUGUUUUCAUUCACUCUGUGACAUUUUAUUUCUAUAGAAAAUGGAGUGGCUGGUCUCUUGUACACAGCACCACUGUGGUAUUGUUGUAUAUUCGUUUUGAUGAGCGCACUCGACAAAAAUUUCUCUCACAUUUUUAAUAUGUACUUAAGAAAAAUGUGACUCGAUCUCCUCCUGUAUUUGACAUGGACCAGCUUAAUUGGCCAUAUCUAUUCAGUAUAGGAAAUUACAUUUUGCUCUCCCGCCCUAAAAAAUUAAAGAAACACUAAAUUAAGAGGUCCUCAAAUUGGUCUUUAUCAUUUAGGCUCUCUUAAAUAACCAAUUUUUCGGCUUUUAUUCAAUAAGAAAAGGGUGGAGGGGGAUGCCCAUUUACACAUUUGCUGUCCUUGCUUUUUUUUUUAAAUUGAUCCAAUCAUUUUGUGUGUAACCGUGAAAUAUUUGUAAACAUAUUUCAAGUCAUUUUGGGUCCUUUCGCCAGUUGUCUGUCCUGUUUUAAACUAUGCAUCUGAAAAAGUUGAAAAACACAAACAGGACGUGAAGAAAACGACUAUAAAAAAGAAAUCUUAUUUUCUUUAAGACUCUAAUAAUUGACCUGCCAAUAAACUUCGCCCACACACUCUACUCCCGAAAAUAAGUUAUCAUUUCCCCCCACUUUGAAUGGGCACCAUCGGCGUCAAGCAGUCUCUUGUCUAUGAUGUUUUUGUAUUUAGAUUUUGUGAAUUAUUCAGUCGGAAGAGAAAACAAAACAAAAUGGCUGUCUGCUAUAACGGGCGUUGCGCAACUUUUUAAAGAACCAUUCUAAAAUAUUCAAUUGAUCGUUUGGCAGCGUACAAUCACCUUCGAGAUCUGAUAAGACCCAUCAAGGCUACAUAUUUGUCCAGGUCAAUAAUGCCUCUCCAAUAAGAGAACAAUUCAAACCCCAUUAUGUUCCUCUUAUUUUACAUUUUAUUUUUGUGGCGAAAGAUAAAAAUUUCUUGCGCCCUAGUUGUGCACCUUUCCCAUUUUGCAUGUUUCAUUACGUUUGCUGCCUAUACGAUACCGUUUUUAUUGACUAUGUUGGUUUAUCUUUUUCUACCUUCUCAUGUCUCACAUUUUUUGGUUCCAAUCUUCGUAUUUAUACGACCCUCAACUGCUGCGUUAUCGACGGUUUCAUAUGCUUUUGUGCCAUUGCACCAAAUAUUCACAGUUUUCUUUGUUCCGUUUAACGGUGCGUAUCAUCCGUCUAUUGAAACAAGAUCUACUAAUUGGAGGCUACGUAAAAUGUGAAUAAACGAAAGUACGUAACUUUA